AUGCGCGCGCGGUCGAGGAGUCGAGACGACGGGCGCGAGCGAUCGGACGACCGCGCGCGCGAGAGAUGGGCGCGCGAGCGGUGGUGGGCGGAGGAUGCGCGCGAUGGGGACCGUGGACGCGAGCGACGCGAUCGCGGACGGGACGACGACUGGGCGCGCCGGGAGCGACCGCGCGCGCGCGGACGAUCGAGGGAGAGUGGAUAUCGAUCGCGCGCACCGUACGAGCGCCGAGAACGGUCGAGGGAUGGCGCGCGAGAGGAGUCGGGGGGGCGCUUCGGACGACGGGACGAAGGCGGCGGCGGACGAGACGAACGGGACGCGCGGGAGCGAACGUCGCCGGAUGAAGAGCGACGGCGGUUCGGGGGAGCGCCGAGACGGCCGCACGCGCGGGAGGUGGAGACGCGUGAGGCGUUGGCGGAGCAGUGGUUGGAGUCGCGGGCGGUUACGUACGAGCGGUCGCGGAACGCCGAUUCGGAGCGCGCGCGAAGAGAAGUGCACGUGGGUAAUCUGGUCUCGGGACAGAUCGGGGCGACGACGCUGUGCGAGUUGAUGAACAUUGUGCUGCAAAAGAUCGUUCCCGAGGCGUGCCGAGCCGUGGGCGGGUUGCCGCCGGUGCUCUCCAUCAUCAUGGACACGCAUCAGAAGUACGCUCGUUUGGAGAUGCGGAGCGCGGCGCUAGCGACGGCGGCGCUUGGAUUGGACCAGAUGCACGUCGUGGGACGACCGUUACACAUCACCAGACCCUCGAGGUACUUUGACGAUCCGGAAGAGAAGCGAUCGGUUUUGGACGUCAAGUACGUGCUCCCGGCGCCAGAGCGCCUGGCGGAGGUCAACGCGGAGUUGGACAAACGCGGCACGGCCGCGACGGCUCCGAAGACUGAGACGAGCGAUUAUGCGAAGAAGGAAGAGACGCGUGCGGAUGCGUCUACGGAGUAUCUGUGCCUGGAGAACAUGGUUGAUAUCGCCGUCUUGCGCAGCGGACGAGAAAGGAAAGACUUGCAGUACGAUGUCGAGGAUGAGUGCAGCAAGUGUGGACGCGUGGUUCGGGUUUUCGUCCAAUCACCGAGGGACGAAGAUAUCAAGCAAAACACCGUGAGUCGCGUGUUCGUGCAGUUCGAACGGACUUCGAGCUCGGAGAGUGCGUACAAGAUGAUGCAAGGUCGCACGUUUGGCGGUCGAACCGUCACCGCGCGUUACAUGAAUGCGACAGAGUUCGAUCGCGAGUACCACUCGAGACGCUCGUAA